AUGUAUCGUAUUGAAACAUUAACUGAGGCUAGUACAAUAUCACAUGACUAUUUUGGAUGUUGCCGCGAAUUGCAGUCCGGAUUAUUUGCUGAAGUAGGAAGACUUAUAAGUUAUUUUGAGGGCAUCAAUGAUUUGAACAAAAACAUAAUUCAAAUUAUCUCACCAUCAUCAUCACAGAUUCAAAAUUUAAAUGAUGAUAGUGCAGAUGGUGGUAAUAGUGUAUGUCCAUCGUUGACUGUUUCACGUCAGAAGCAUGUUGAACGAAGAAAAAAUCGUCGAAAUAUAAAAAAAGAUUCUAUUACAACCACUAUCAUUACUACGUCGGCAAAUUUUGUAUCUCAAGCAAACACUAUUACUCCAGUGACAAUAGAAAAUAAUAAUUCUUCGAAUAGUAAAAUUAAUAAAAACAGUAAUGAUAAUGGUAAUUGUGAACAGCGAACAUAUAGUCAAAACACAUCAAAUAUUGAUCAUACAACACUAUAUAGUUCAAAAUCGAUUUCGAAUGAAUCAAAAAUUUAUCAACAUGUAGCGGAAGUACCAACUACAAUCAAUUAUAAUAACGAUAAACCAAUAUUAACAACAAUCAUCAACGAACAGCACGAAGAACUAAUACCAUCCAACGUCUUUCCAGGAGAGACGAACGAUAGUGAACAUAAAUCCUUGAUCGAUAAUAAUCUAACAAUCCGUUAUCGAACAUAUUCUGAUAUAAUUACAUGUCAAACAUUAAGAAACACAGAUUCAAGAAUAUCUUAUCAUCAUUCGGAUCCAGAAAUAUCACCUGUUAACAGAACAUUAAAUCAACGUUUAGAACAUAUUAAUACAUGGUCGAGAUGUUUGAAUAAUGAGCGUACUACAUGUCUAAGAGUUGAUAAUUCUUCUGAAAAUCGGUUUUAUAAUCAUCGAAAAAUGAACAAACGAUUGAGAAGUCCACCAUCGUAUAUAAAAGAAUUGAAAGCAUAUCUGGCACAUCGUGAGGCAUCAGUUACAGAUGUGAUUCAUAUUCGAGAUAUGAAAAAAAUUAGUAAUGUAUUAGUGUGGCUAGCCAAACAACCAACACCCGUUUUUCAACGUGAUCAAUCAUCUAGAGCAGAUUGUACUUCACCAUUCGAUGUUUCAGUUUCACCUAAUCGUAUUGUAAAUGCACUAAAUAGUACAUCGAUUGAAGUUAACAGCGAGAUUAUUGCAACACCACUGAGUGAAACUGUUCACCUUCAUACACCAGAUAUGUUAGAACGAAAUUCAAUAUUAUUUUCUGCUCAUCAUUCAUAUACUUUAUUGAAAAAUACGCCAACAAGCAAAACUAUUGAAUCAACAUGGAAGAUACCAUUGAGACCUCAACAAGACAAAUUUAUUGAAAAAACUUUUGGUAUUGAUAAUUUGGUAGAACAACGUCAAGAUGAUUCGUCUACUGAGCAGAAUAUUAUUGAUAAUAUGAUGAAUGCAGUACAAAAUGAGCAAUCAUGUUCAACACACCAUAUUAAUAAUCCACUCUGUUUAAAUCAACAAAAUUGUAUUAUUAUUUUAAAUGAACAUGAACGACAAUCAUCGGCACAAUCAAAUAAUAAAAUGGUUAAUAAAGAAAAUGAUUCAAUCAUUAUUAAUGAAAUUUUACAAUAUUCAGAAUCAAUUUCGAAUGGCGAAAAUAUUUCAAAUGAUCCGACUAAAAAAUAUUCUAGAAAACCUACCAGUAUUCACAUUAUGUAUGACAAAGUUCCAUGGUCAUUACAUAUUCGAAAAGAGGUAUUUUCACCGUGUGAAAUUCUUGAACAACCUCUCUUAAUUGAUUUAAUAUUUUUACAAAUUGUACAAGAUACAUUUUCAUCAUCAUGUAUUCGAAUCAAUAAUGAUGAACGUUUAUCAAUGAAAACUUUAUUAGCUACCAAUGGUGUUAUGUCAAUCGUAGACAUUGAUAUAAUCAAAAAAUUAUCAAUAAAAGAAUUAAUUAUUGAACAAGCAAAACAAUGGUCAACAUAUUUUUAUCGUUUAUUUCCCAUAUCUAUGUCAAAAUAUAAUAAUAAUGUUAAAAUAUUAGGUAUAUCUCAUACUGAUGUAAGAUUAAUUAAACGAACAAAGACCUCGACAAUAGAUACACUUCAUGUUAUUGAAACAUUUCGUCUUGAAGAUAUUCUUCAUGUAUCAAAUAUUCGUAUUCAAACAAUUAAUAUUCAUUUAUCAGGAAAACAAAUUAAAUUACAUUCAACGAAAAUAUUUUAUUUUGUACAAGCCAUUCGAAAUCAUCAUAUAAAAUCAUUACAAUCAAAUUAUCUUAAAUUUUAUACCGGUGAUAUUAUUAAAAUAUUAAAAUUUCGACCAAUGCCAGAUGGAUGGCUUUAUGGUAUAAUCAAUAAUCGAGAAGGUCAUGUACCUAUUGAUUAUGUUCGAUUUAUUUCUCAACAAGAAAUUUGUAACAAACAUCUUGAAAAAACAUGUUCAUUAACAAAUAGUGAUGGAUUAAAAUCAUCAAGUUUCGAUAGUUUGAGUGGUAGUCGAACAUUUAGUGAAUUAAUUACAUCAACAUCAAUGGAUAUAAAUAAUAUAUCUCAAUUAAUUCCUAGAGAGGCAUCUUCCGGUUGUACAUUGCCAAGUACUUAUUCGAUGAUGGAAUAUGCAUUACAAAAUUUUAAAAUACCACAUCGACGAAAAGGAAAAAAAAGUUCAAAAAAUUCAGAGUGUACAUGGAAUGAUUAUUCUGAUUUAACCAAAUGGAGUAAGACACCGAUUCAAUCACCUUUACUUCGACAAACACCGAAUGAUAUUUCAAGAACAGCGCGACAAUGUUUUAUCGCUAUUAUGCGUUUUAUGGGUGAUCAUUCAAUGGGACGAGGACAAUCUGAAAUUGAUUGUAUUCAUUAUCUUCUCAAAAAUAUGUAUAAACAUCGUAAUUUGGUAGACGAAAUUUAUAGUCAGCUACUUAAACAAUUAACAAAUAAUAAGAGUUCUAAAUCGAAUAGUUUAAAACGUGGUUGGACAUUAUUAUCUAUUAUUACAAAUUAUUUUAUACCAAAUGAACAAUUUCGACCAUAUGUAUUAAAAUACAUUAAUGAUAAUAUAACAAAUUCUGCUAAAGAAGUUCAAACGUGUUUAAAACAUUAUAAUCAAACGAUUAAAUAUGGUGGAAGAAAAAAUGUUCCAAGUCAAUCAGAAAUUGAUAUUACAUCGGAUGUUCGUGCUUCAAAACGUCAAACUCUAUUGCUUCCUGAUGGUCUACCAAUCAUAAUUCAUAUACAACCUUCAAUGAUCAUUGGCGAUUGUAUUAGUCAAAUAUGCGAUCGUUUGAAUGUCACUAAUCCAUUGGAACAAGAUGAAUAUUCCAUUUAUGUUAUUAGUUCGGAACAUACAUCUCGUUUACUCAAUCCAAUAGAAUAUAUAUUUGAUAUUCUAAAUGAUCGUUUAAAAACACAUAUUGGGGAAAAUCAUUUUAUUGUUAAACGAUUGUUAUGGUAUUUUUUACCGUUAAAUUUUGAUAGAGAAUUAUUUGUUAAUUUUAUGUACAAUCAAAUAAUACCAGAUUAUUUACAUGGAACCAUGAUUAUUAUACAACAACAUGAAUUUACGGACGAAAGAGUGCAAGAAAUAUCAUUAUUAGCAGCAUUGCAUUAUCACACAUCAAAAAAAGGAGCAUUACCAUCUAUAGAAGUAAAAUAUUUAUUACCAACCACAUUGCUAACACUUAAAACUGUACGACCACAAGAAUGGACAAACUAUAUUCAUCAAAAAUUAAAAAUAAUUGAAUCAUUGACAAUCUUAGAAGCAAAAAUUAAAUUUCUAACUAUUUUACAAACAUGGCCAUUGUUUGGUACGACAUUUUAUACCGUUCAACAUAUUGAUCAUUUAUCUAUAUCAUCACCGUGUUUAAUUGGUAUUAGUAAAAAUGGUCUCCUUUUUCUAGACAAAGACACACAUGAAUCACUGUUCUCGAUUCCAUUCAAUGAUGUUGUAUCGAUUCGUCGUCAUCAAAAUACUGUCGAUAUCAAAUAUGGAAGUUUAGCACAACCAAAUCUGAUUCAGUGUCAAAUUAACAAGGCACAAGACAUGGUUGCUUUAACUGGUCGUUAUUUAAGUUUAAUUGGUCAAAAUCGUAUGCCAUCAGAAAAAAAAAUUGAUAAUAAAGCGUGCAAUGAUCCUAUUAGUACAAUUUUAUAA